CUUAUAAUUCGGCGCCAAAAAAGUCUAAUUCUUUAGAGGUUAUUCUUUAUUCGCAUUUUUUCUUUUUCAUUUAAAGUGUAAAAAUGGAUUUCUUAAAGUGUAACCCCAAUCAGUGGUACUUAAACGAAACAAAAUAUUUAGAAUUAUUACAAAAUGAAGAGAUCUGGAAUCAGAUUCCAUUAUUAAAUGCCAACGAGCUUCACGACCUCCAGGAUUGGCAAUUAGUUCGGUUUCGGGGCAUGAUUCAGGACAUGCAUGGCCCCGAACUCUACUUAGAAAAAUUCACGGUUAGAAACACUGAAACUGCGGAAACUACGAUUAAAUUUGGCAAAUACGUUGAUGCUGCAGAUUGUAAGCCUAAUGAAACUAUUGAAGAGUGUCCCUCAACAAUUCCAAGUGAACGACAUGUUUAUGUCGCUGUUUCAAUCCCUGGUAUUAAUCCAUGGGUUCACAAACUUGAGGAGGACAAGUACAAACUACCGUCUUCAAAUCCUUCAACUUCAAUGCAAAAUAACUUAAAACGACCUGUUCAAGAAAUGGAAGUCACUAGUGCAAAGUUAUCAAACGCUGAACCACUAGACUCUAAUAAGCGAUCAUGUACUCACCCACCACGACCUGAAGAAACAACGCCUUUUGUGUCUCAAGAGUAUCUGUUAAAUUUCCCAAUUCCAAAUCCCUCUGGUAAAGUUUGCCGGUUGAAAAUAUACAAAGAUACGGACAAGAUUAAAUUGAAUUCAGUUUUUGAAUUUGUGGGCUUUUUGUCCCUCAAUCCUAUUUUGGGCACAAAUAACGAUGAUGAUAUGAAUGGCCUGGAGUCUCAAAUUCAUAAUCCUCCUUCAAGUUUAAUUCCCAGAAUUCAUUGUGUGACAUUCAAAUCAUUGAGCCACAACAAUCCAUUAGUUACGCAAGAAAAACUGAGUCCUGAUAAAAUGCAGGUCAUUAGAAAAGAACUUUUGAUUCUAUUAACGCAGUUAAUGUGUGGAGAUGAAUUGGCAGCCGAGUAUUUAAUUUACCAUUUUAUUUCUCAAGUUUACUUGCGAAAAGAUUUUAUGGCACUUGGAAAAUUUUCUUUAAAUAUUUCCAACGUCCCAAUGCUUGAAAAUAUUGAUUACGUCCAAGAACUGUAUAAGUUUAUAGAGUUACUCACUACCAAAAGUCAUUAUUUACCAAUGUUGCUCGAAUACAUGAAUGAACUCAAUUUUGUUCCAAAAAAAGAUUACAAUGCCGAUCGUUUAACAAGCAGUGUUUUGCAAUUAAGCGAUAAUACUCAUUUGGUGUUAGAUGAGACGAAACUAACUCCCGGGAAACUAAACCAAAGCGGAGUUACGGGAGUUCGCGCUCUUUCGAACACCAUCAAGAACCAAAAAAUAAUGUACGAUUUCACUUACUAUCAACUCGAGUAUGAUUGCGACAUUCCGUUUCUCGUAUUAUCUGAAGGCAAAUCAAUGCUACCGAGUGAUGUUCACGUAAUUCUUGCACCAGAAACGACGCAUUUAAGGACUUUUAGUGAGAUUCUCGGAGCAGCAAGGCAUUUUCUUAAACCUGAGUUGCUAGAUGAUAUUCGACUUUAUUUGACCAGUGCCAGAUUGACUCAAUAUGACUUGUCAGAUAAUGUGUUAGAGAUGGUUCAAAAUAAAUUUGUUGAAAUGAGACAAUCGGGCCACGUCACGGGAGACGAUCUUCAUAGUCUCCUUGUUUUGGCUAGACUUGUAUGCAUUUCUCAAGGAAAAAACACCUUGGAUGAAGGAUGCUGGAAAAAAGCUUGUGCCUUGGAAGAAGCUCGGAAAGAAAGAAUAAAAUAUCGCAGUUCUUAGGUUUCUAUGUAUUAUAUUUUUUACGAGACAACUUAUUAAACUAUUUAAUUAUUAA